AUGCAAACGGAGGAGAAUACAGAAGAAGAACACAUACCAACACGUAUAUCUAGUAAAAUAGCCAAAGUAAACAAAGAAACAUCAAAACAAAAACACAUUCUAAAUGAUGACUGCGCAGAAAACACAGAUAUCCCGCUUGAGGAAAGUGUUGCCCAACCGCA